UGCUGCUCCGCUCAUCGCGGCGUACCUUCCCUGACUCUCAACACUCCAGCAUUGCUGUGCAAGCAGAUGUUCUUUCUCUGAUGCCAAUUCUUACAAUUUUCGCAUUUGGAGAAGGUAUUCUUUCGCGCGAAGGCUCCAAAGUGACAAGAAACUGCCUCACUCCUCGGCUCAGUGAGAGAGGGAGAGUUGUGAGCGGACGGCGGCUUUGGAAAAAUACAGUAAAGCCGACAGUGAAACCCGCGGCGGAGAGCGAGGCAGCACUUUAUUUACCACACCUGUGAUGCGUUGUUCUGAGCAACGAAGACGCAAGACCGGGAUACUGAUGGCCACGGUACGGCAGGAGGAUAUGUGUUGAGGAAAAGACUUGGGCGUUGUGAAAAAAAAAGGCGUUUACUGCUACAGAGGACUCUCUCCGGACCUGAACAAGCCCAGUGUGCCAGUGUUUCUUCUCUGCGCCUUGAUUUAUUUUCAAACUUAGGUGAUAAGAAAGAAAGAAAAGAAAACACGAAGAUGCCCUUACUUCUGGGCCCCUUUGUCCGCUGUAGGUUCAGCGCUACGCUCCAUGUGCUCUGGCUCGUCUUCGCUGGUUUCACCUGCACUGGUUCCGAGCACACCGCCACAGCAACGCUCCCUGCCGCCUUCUCGGAUCUGUUACCUCACUUCCUGGUGGAGCCGGAGGACGAGUACAUUGUGAAGAACAAGCCGGUGACGCUGACCUGCCGCUCCACCCCGGCCACGCAAAUCUACUUCAAGUGCAACGGCGAGUGGGUUCACCAGGAUGACCACUUGAUUGAGCGGACAGUCGACCCAGCCACAGCGCUGCCAGUCAUGCAGGUGACAAUUGACAUUACCAGACAGCAGGUGGAGAAGAUCUUCGGUCUCGACGAGUACUGGUGUCAGUGUGUCGCCUGGAGCACCACCGGAACCCAGAAGAGCCAAAAGGCGUACAUCAGGAUUGCUUACCUGAGAAAGAACUUUGAGGAGGAGCCGCAGGGUAAGGAGGUGGCUUUGGACCAGGAGGUGUUACUGCGCUGCCAUCCCCCUGAGGGAGUGCCACAAGCUGAGGUGGAGUGGCAGAGAAACGAAGAUGUGAUCGACCCAGCGAGCGACCCCAAUUUUUUCAUCACGGCUGACCAUAAUCUCGUCAUCAAAAAAGCCCGUCUGGCGGACACGGGCAACUACACGUGUGUGGCCAAAAACAUCGUCGCUCGCCGCAAAAGCACCUCUGCCACGGUCCUAGUCUAUGUCAACGGCGGCUGGUCCACGUGGACCACCUGGUCGUCCUGCAGUGCUGUGUGUGGGCGUGGCUGGCAGAAGAGGAGUCGGAGCUGCACCAACCCCACGCCACUGAAUGGAGGCACAUCCUGUGAGGGGCAGAACGUCCAGAAAAGUGCCUGCGUGGCCACCUGUCCAGUCGAUGGAGGCUGGAGCGAGUGGAGCAAGUGGUCGGCGUGCGGCGCAGACUGUUCAAUGUGGAGGAGCAGGGAGUGCACCCAGCCCUCACCUGGCACCGGGGGCAAAGACUGCCAGGGGCUCGACCUCCAGUCUCUCAACUGUACCAGCGAACAGUGCCCACAGACUGUGAGCGGGGCAGAGGACGUGGCGCUCUACGUGGGCAUGGUGGCGGUGGCCCUGUGUCUGACACUGCUGCUCAUCGUGGUGAUCCUGGUUUACCGGCGCAAGAAGGAGGGCCUGGAUGCCGAUGUGGCGGACUCCUCCAUCCUCACCACUGGCUUCCAGCCCAUGGGCAUCAAGCCCAGCAAGCCAGGUGUGUGGGCACCGCGGCCACGCAGGCCUCCCCCCCACAGCAAGAAUUCCCAUUUGCUCACCAUCCAGCCUGAUCUGACCACCACCACCACCAGUUACCAAGGCACCCUGCGCUCUCGCCACGAUGCCACUGGGAAGUUUUCUAUGACCAACGGGCCUCUGCUGGACCCGCUCCCCAACGGCUCGCACACUCUGCACAAUGGCAAGCUUAACUCAGACCCUGCUGAGUUUGUGAGCAGGCUGUCCACUCAGACCUACUUCAAAACGCUGCCCCGCGAUGUGGCUAACACCUCGUAUGGGACCUUUAACUUCCUGGGAGGGAGGCUGACGAUCCCCAGCACAGGAAUCAGUCUGCUCAUCCCUCCUGAGGCCAUCCCCAGAGGAAAGAUCUAUGAGAUUUAUCUCACUGUUCAGAGGAAGGAAGAUUUAAGGUUACCCCUGGCCGGCUGCCAGACCCUGCUCAGCCCCGUUGUGAGUUGUGGCCCUCCAGGGGUGGUCCUGAGCCGUCCAGUUAUCCUCAGCAUGGACCACUGCUCUGACGCAUGCCUCGAUAACUGGGCCGUCCGCCUCAAGAAGCAGAACUACGAGGGCACUUGGGAGGACGUCCUGCUGAUGGGGGAGGAGCUGGUGUCGGAGCCCUAUUACUGCCAGCUUGAGGCCGAGACGUGUCGGCUGUUCUCAGAGCAGCUCGGCACCUUCGCCCUGGUGGGAGAGUCCCUGCACAUGGGCGCUGCCAAGCGCCUGAGGCUGGUGCUCUUCUCCGACGCGUACUGCUCCACACUCGAGUACAACAUCAGGGUGUACUGCAUGGACGACACGCAGGACGUCUUCAAGGAGGUGAUGCAGAUGGAACGGCAGCUCGGGGGUCGGCUGAUUGACGAGCCUCACGUCCUGCUUUUCAAAGACAGCUACCACAACCUGCGCCUGUCCAUCCAUGACAUGCCCCAGGCGCACUGGAGGAGCAAGCUGCUAGCCGGCUACCAGGAGAUCCCGUUCUACCACAUCUGGAACGGUUCCCAGCGGUACCUGCACUGCACAUUCACUCUGGAGCGGCUCAGCCUCAGCACCUGUGAGCUCACCUGCCAGCUGUGUGUGUGGCAGGUGGAGGGGGAGGGGCAGAGCUUUAGCCUCGACUUUAACAUUGCCAAGGACACCCGAGCCGUGGACUCUGAGUUCCUGUUAAUGGACAGUAACGCCACAGCUCUGGCAGGGCCCAGCGCCUUUCAGAUCCCUUACCUCAUCAGGCAGAAGAUCUGCAGCAGCCUGGAUGCCCCUUGUCCCAACGGAGCCGACUGGAGAAUGCUAGCACAAAGACUUAAACUUGAGAGACACAUGAGUUUCUUUGCAUCCAAAGCGAGCCCAACCUCUGUGAUCCUGGACCUGUGGGAGGCACAACAUUUCCACAGCGGCAACAUCAACCAGCUGGCCACGGUCAUGGCUGACAUUGGCAAACAGGAAGCCAUGAUUUUCCUGGUCUCUGAUGGCGAGUGCUAACCCAGAAAAAGGGGAGAGACUGGUGUAGAGGAAAAGUACACAACAACAACAACAACAACAACCACCACAACACACAAAAAAAAAAAACCCAACAACAAUAACCGCAGCAGGAAUCGAAGAGCAGAGCUGUCCCAAUGUCCCUCGUCUUCACUUUAGAAGAUAGUAAAGGGUUUGUGUAGGAUUGAGUCCCUUUUUCCCUUCGAUCACAGUAAAAAUCUUUAAACGACAGACCAAAUGAGGGAGAAGGUAGAGUUUAGGUGUGUGGGGAAAUGUAUUCAUGAACUCAGUCAAUGAAAAUAGCCUUUAUUUUCCAUCAGAGAUUGAAGUUAAAUUAGUCCACACCCUGGUUCUACUUUAAAGAUCACCUUAAAUUAACUUCAUGCCUUUUAUACAAAUAAGCCAUUUACGGCUAAUAAGGAGCAAUAUGCAAACAUAAUGCUAUUACUAAUGGCCAAUAUUGCAAAUUCAAUGAAUAAUUUUUGAACUUGAGUUAUGUAUUAAAUAUUAAAUAAAAGGGAUGUGACAAAAGGUGCCAGUCACUUCAGGUUCAAGAGAACAGGCGACAUAUGCAAUUGGCAGGUUCGUUAUAUAUGACAUCUCUCACUGAACACAUUUUCAACAAGGUCAUCAGGGUCUGUGAACGCCCCCUCCCCAUCCACUCCCCGAACCCCCAGUCACAGUGUAUAGAUGGAUGUCUCCUGUGUGUCAUUAUCUGUUUGUUUAAACACACACACUCACACAGGCGGCUUGUAGCACACCCUGGACUUACAGGUUUCAAACAGAUUGUAUGUCAGAGCCCCAAAAAGCCCCGUCUCAUCUUGUUUGUGUGUUUUUUAGUCCAGCCGGUAUCACUACUGUGAAUGUAACAUCUUGACAUCUUGAUUCAGCGAGACGCUUCGCAGCUUUCCUGCUUCUAAAUCGAUAUAUGUGGGGUUUGGGGUUGUUUGAACUUUUUUUUUUUUUUUUUAAAGGGAGGAGUGAGUAAUAUCUUCACUAAAGUCAUACUGCAGAAGCCAUGUCUAUUUAAAGCCUGUGAUUUUGAUCCAUCCAAUUUAUUUCAAGUCUUCUCCAAUCGUCAUGUGGCAUUUUUCUGUUUCAAAUUCCACCGCUAAUGAAGGAACCCUAGGGCCGAAAGGCGUUCCAGCUGCAUAUAUGUGAACACUGAAUGUCGUCAAAACUCAUUUCUAAAAUGACAUUUUCCCCUUGAUUACAUUAAUUCUGUGGCAGAGGAGAUGUUAAACAUAAAAAGGUGGCCAAAAGGGUUAUUAUCCCAUAUGAAUAAUGCAGAGCACUUUCCCACAGAAAAUCUGACUGCAAAUACUUCAAGAUCUUUACCAGGUUACUCACGUGGAGAGGGUAAUUGUGCAGCUUUGUUUUUAUAAUUCAUGAAGGAAUGGUGGUGGGAAUUCUAUAUUUGCUGUGUGGUAAGUAGCAUUUCCACAUCAGAGAAAUGCUUGUCUCUCUCAGAAAGUUAAGAGUGGCUUAUUCAUACUGUCACGCCUCUGCUCACAAAAGAUGCUUUGAAAGGGUUUUGUUUUUUGUUUUGUUGUUUUUUUUUGUCAUUUCUAGCCAGCAUGGCAAAAAACAAUCCAGUAGAUUCAUGCAACAACCCAUAAACUGCAACUACGCAUUUGCUUAUUUUUAUAUUUCGCUUAUUUGCAUUAAUUUACACAGUUCUUACUUUUUUUUUAUUAAUGGAUCUGUCAAGUCAGACAACAUAAACACAGAGUAUCAUUGAAGUCCACUGAUUCAGUAAUUAUACUUUGUAAAAGGUGUCAGCAAUCCCAGACUAGCCAUAGUUCUCUUCUCCGUCUGCCUCAGGGUUGCAUGUGAAGUUGUCUGUUCAAAGUUGUAAAGAGAGCCCCUCUUAUUGAAUCCCCUCUCACUCCCAACAGCUAGCACAGCCCCAUCCUACCAGCUCCUGUGGCUUCAACCUUUAACACUGACUGGAGCCUCUUUUAUGAUUGUCAGAUAUUUGGAAUGUACAUUUAUGUUUCCUUGUAGUGGGAGGAAAGUAUGUCUUUCUUUUGUCCUUUGUUUUUUUAUAAGGCAUCUGAGCACCUGUUAACUCCUUAAGCUUCUCUGCCAUCACAUUCAACACGCCUCCUCUCCACCAACAAUGCUUUUUACAAAUCGCUCUAUUAUUUAAUGUAGAGAUGCCAUGAAAUAAAAUGUUACCCUUUUUUUAAAUUAAUAUUUAAAAAAAAAAAAACCUUGAGCCCCUUUCAGAUAAAACGGUGAUACCACCUUAAAUGAAUCUUUUCAUGUUGAAAUGGAUCAUCGUCACAUGUAAUAUGUAAAUACUUUUUCUAUUACCAGCCGUGUGCUGUCACUUUGCAUACUGUAUAUCAGCAGAAUUGGUAACCAAAGUUUUAUGAAUAUCAUUUGAGGCCACUACAUCCUCAUGUUGUUUCAGCGUUGUUUUACUUGCAGCUAGUAUAGAACAAGUCAGAGUUGCUGUCUCUACUACUCUGCGGACUGUAAAGUCCAAAUCAUUACUUUAUUAUUCAUUUCCUCACGUUUGUUUUUGAGGCAAAUUAAUGCUGUUUGUUCAAGCAGUAAUAUGUGUCGGUUAAUUUUAUCACUUUGUAAAGAAAUGUAAAUUAUAUUUUAAUAUAAAGCCAAAAAAAGACACUUAACUGGCGCAGCAUUUGUCAAGUCUAAACCGUGACGUGUGUUUGCCUAUAUACUGUUCUUUGGCGAUCUAGCAGUGAAGACUUUUUGCAGUGUUAAGGGUUUAGAGACUGUUUUACAGGAGUUUCUAUACAUAUUUUGUUUGUCCUUACAUUGCAUCGUCUAUCUGAUUAUUUCUCCAACUGUAAGCAUUUAUAUACAAGGUGGAAACAGUCACCAGUGCUUAGUGAAUCACUACACCGGGACUGUGUGGAGGCUAAUUGGAGAAAGAGGACAUCAGUUCUUGGGACACUGACAAGCCAGUGUUGACACAGCAUGUUUAGAUGAGCCAUGGCAGUUGUACAGUCAGACUGUGUGUGAAAUUUUAUCACCCCUGUCAUUGUCUUGGAUGUGUUGUCUAAGCACAUUUCAGUAAUGUAAUUCACCAGCCGCCAGGAUGUUCAGCAUCUAUCUUCACAUCUAACUUGUCCAGCAAAUCUAACAAAUCUGCAGUUACUGUGUGUGUGUGUGAUGAAUACAGUUCCCUUCAUGAUGAGAUCUGGGCCUGAUAGUUCUGUGUAAGACUCGUGUCAGUAACAUACAUGCUUUGUUCAAGGGUUUAUCAUUUCACCCGUUUCUAUGGGGGAGAACCGUUACAUCUCCCAACUGUACUUUUUGUGUCACUCAUUACUAGUCAGUGUCAAGGACAAGCGUGUGUUUGUGAGUGUGUAUGUGUGUGAGAGUGAGACCAGGUGUGUGCAUACCUCCCCGUCGCUCUGACUGAACUGUUUUCUUUUUGAACUAAGAACAAUAGACUUCUGUACUUGUGAAUGGUUUUUCUAUUUAGUUCCUUGAUUCAAUGUUCCUUGCCUUUCUGCAAGUCAAAAAUGCUGUAUUUAUUACAUGCCACAGCGCUUAUGCAAUUGUAUAAUCCUUUUAUUGUUUUUCUUUCUUUGUUUUUUAACCUUUUGUGUUCCUUAUCGUCAAUGUAAAUUGUUGUCAAAACUUUUGUGGCAAUGGAAAAACUUCUGCUAAGGGAGAUUUUCUGUACUUUUUGGACAAUGAUAUGGAUUUGUGGGUAGAAUUUUGGAAAUUCGUUUCUAAGUGCUUUCAAGUAUUUACUUGGCCUUAUGUAUAUAUAUAUAUCUAUCUAUGACAUUUCAGAAAGGUAUGUAUAGUAAUUCAACCUGAAAUUGUUGUAAAUAAAUUAUAUAUUGUUAAA